CGAGAUGUACGAAAAGGAGACUGGAAAUUGCUUUCCUUGCAGGAAAAGUGCCAAAAAAACGAUAGAUAAUCACCCAGAAUACCGGAAAAGUAGAAAUAUCAGGGAAAAUAGACUUCAUAGUAAAAAGUUCGUUAGAAAAUUUCAUGAAAAAUAACCGAGAAGCAUUAAAACUUCAGUAUGGUGCGAAAAUCACGAAAGCGUGAGACGUUCUUCAAGUCUAAACUUCAGUGUGGUCAAUUUUGUUUUGCAAAAAUUGUGACGUUGGCACAUUUUUCACCAGAAAUCCGUGAAAAUACGCAAAAUAUCGCUUAAAAAUGUACGCUAACGAGGAGUACAAUGAGGACUAUAUUUACGAGUACGAUGCCCACACGGGUGAUCCGCAUUUGGAUAUGGAAUACGAGAGGAGCUACUUCACCUCCAAGAUGCCUGAUGUGGUGAAGAAAUUCCUGCAGUACUUCCGGGAGGCCAUAAAUGAGGGGGUGAUCUAUGACAUCCAGAAUAUGUACGAGACAACGUUUCCCAAGUUCAGUGAGCAGCAUUUUGACAAGCGUGCCUGGCCGGAGGAGCAGGAAGUUGCUGCCAUUGUGGAGGAUGAUCCGGUGUUUAUGAUUCUCUACAAGGAGCUGUACUAUCGUCAUAUUCACGCGAGGAUUCCCGGUGGGCCAUCGCUGGAUCAGCGUGUGAGCUCAUUUUUGAACUACUGUGACUUCUUCAAUCUCAUCCUGUCGUCUGAGUCGCCGGUUUCGCUGGAAUUGCCCGACAUUUGGCUGUGGGAACUUGUGGAUGAGUUUGUGUAUCAAUUCCAGAAUUUUGCGCAAUAUCGUGCCCGGUUGACGGAUAAGAGUGAGGAGGAGAUGGAGCAGUUGCUGAACAACAACAGCAAAGUGUGGAAUAUCCUGUGUAUCCUCAAUGUGUUGCACUCCCUGGUGGAUAUGUCGAAUAUUAAGGCACAGCUUGAGGUUUCCGCUGCUGGAGGGGAUCCCGAGACUGUUGCCGGGGAAUUUGGACGGCAUUCUUUCUACAAGAUGCUCGGCUACUUCAGCCUUGUGGGGCUGCUGCGUGUGCAUUCCCUGCUGGGAGACUACUAUCAGGCCAUUAAGGUUCUGGAACCAAUUGAGAUACACAAGAAGAGCCAAUACACGCACAUCCCAGCGUGUCAGAUCUCAACAUCUUACUACGUGGGCUUUGCCUACAUGAUGAUGCGUCGCUAUUCGGACGCAAUUCGCACCUUCUGCUCCAUUCUGCUGUACAUUCAGCGCACAAAGCAACUCUACAGCUCCCGCAGCUACCAGAAUGAUCAGAUUAACAAGCAAACGGAGCAAAUGUACCACCUCCUGGCCAUUUGUCUCGUCCUCCAUCCGCAAUGCAUCGAUGAGUCCAUUCAGCAGGUGCUGCGUGAGAAGAACUACCACGACAACAUGUACAAGAUGCAAUGUGGCGAUCUGGAGAUCUUCAAGCACUUCUACACCUACGCCUGUCCCAAAUUCGUCUCACCCUGCCCACCACCCCCCGACGCUCCCAUGGAGGACUACGUGAAGGACCCAAUGGACCACCAGAUUGCCGUCUUUAUGGAUGAGGUGCGUCAGCAGCAGGAAUUGCCAACAAUUCGCUCCUACCUCAAGCUCUACACCACCCUCCCACUGGCCAAGCUGGCUUCCUUCAUGGAUCAGAAUCGCGAAGAUCCGGAGGAGCGAAAGAUUGCCAAUCUCCUCAUUCAUUUGCUCUGCUUCAAGCACAAGAUGAAGAAUAUUGUGUGGACAAAGGGCUCAAGUGGGCUCGAAGGGAAAUUCAAGUCUGGCUCCGAAUUGGACUUCUUCAUUGACAACCAGAUGAUUCAUAUUGCCGAUACGAAGGUUUCCCAUCGCUACGGGGAUUUCUUCAUCAGGAAAAUCCUCAAGUUUGAGGAUCUCAACAGGAGGCUCCAUCAAAUUAAAACAUAAGCGCAGGCAUUUUCUAAGCGAGGGGUUUUUGUAUUUUAACACGCAAAGGUAGGUAUUCUCAAUUCGUCUUCAUCUGCUGAAUUGUAAAAGAUUCGUUUUCUGUAUCAAUAAAGGAUAAUUUUCUCCUUAAA